AUGAAGUUUGGGCACGUUUUCAAGCAGAGCCUACGCAAUGAAGGCUUCCCUGCCGAGUGGGUCGAUUCUGCCAUUUCCUACUCGCAGCUCAAAAAGUGCAUCAAGCGUCUGACCGAUGAGCUGCAACAGGUGGGCCUCGACCCGGCCACCUUGUCCAAGUUGCUGAAGCAUGUCGAAGACUACAAUGCAACAGCCGGCCAGGAUGACGACCAGGAGCGUCCGUUUGAAUACAUACUGAGCAGCGACAAGGGCAAUGCCGCGUCCUUGAAAUCACGUCAAGCUUUCCAUCCCAUGCUCUUGUUCCAUGUGAAUGAGUCCACUGGCGAAAUACACAGCGCCCAGCUCGACGAAGAGACGAAGCAGAAGCUGCAGAUGUUGGCGGUCGAGACUGGCAUGACAGAGCUGCGUGUCUUUGACGAUGCGGCAUCCAUCACGUCUUCUGAUAGGGCAGACAAUCAAGGACCUGCAGACGCCCCUGUCAAUGGUACCAGGAGUCGGCCAGGAUAUCGUACGGUCGAAGUACCCAUCACAUCUGAUACCGAGUUCUUUACUCGGCUCACGAGCGAAGUGUCGGGCUUGGAGAAAUUGCAAGAGCGAGAAGAGAAGAGGAUGCAUGUCAAGAUCGAAAACCUCGGCAGGCAGGUCGCCAGGUUAACGGACCCAGACCAUCGGUCCAGCAGGAAGAUGCUAGCCGCGUGGCGCCAGGUGUUUCAAAUGUAUGUCGAGGAGGGAAUUUUCUUUGGGACCACGGAAUUGGACCACAAGCCGCACAACGCAGACAAAGCUAUGCAGCGACUGGCAGAGUUCUCGAAUAAAGUAGCACAGGCUGGAUUAGUGGAAAAGAUGAGGAAAAAGGACAAUCUCGGCGCGUUGAAGGCCUUUAUGCACAUAAAUAGAGAGAUUUUGCAAGGUCUUCGGUUUGGCGAGAUCAACCACAGCGCCAUGGUGAAGAUUCUGAAAAAAUUCGACAAGCGAACAGCCCUUGGCGUGAAGUCAACUUUCCCCCGCCAAAUCGAGUAUCCAGAGUUCUCCGAACACCUCGCAAAAGCUGUUUGCGCCGAAGUCAAUACGCAAAUCCUGUCCCACGUCCCUCAACUAGACGAUUAUUCGUGUCCAAUGUGCUUUGAAAUCAAGUGGCGGCCUGUGAAGCUCAGUUGUGGCCACACAUUUUGCAUACGAUGUCUCAUCGUCAUGCAGAAUAACAGACAGCACAGCUGCCCGUUCUGUCGGGAGAAAACAGUGCUUGCUGCGAACUCGGAUAACCUGGAUCAAGAACAAGCCGCCUUUUUAAAACGCUGGUUUCCGGACGAAGUCAAGACUAAGCAGCGAUACAAUGAGCUGAUGGCUGGUGUCGAUCAGUAUGGCGAGGUGUAUGCCAGUCAAAAGUGCGUUCUUAUGUAG